AUGAUGUAUCUCCUACUCAUCCUAACAAUAGUCAGCCCAGCACACGCUUGGCAGUCAAUAGAGGACUGGGGCUCUGGCAGCGUUGACAGCUCUGUUGACGAGUUUGGACAGUGUGUUUGUAAUGUUUUCCUGCCUGAUACUUCAUUCCCAGCAGACCGUGUGGAACACAUGCAGAUAUCCUCAAAUGAACUUUCUGUAGAGGUCAAGGUUCAAAUCAACAAGGUGGAAAGUCUCAAGGGUCAACUGGUCAUUCUCCUCAGCGAGCUCUCCAAUUUGACUGCUCGUGUGGAGAUUCUGGAGAGCGGACCUGACAAGUACAUCAAACUGGAGUUUGAGCUCCUGAGGAUCGAGCUGAGAGAAUUUGAGGCUCUGGUCACACAACUGAAGACAUCACUGAACAUCUCGUCACCAGCCAUUGACAGUCUUUACAUAGAGAUUCGGAAUAUGAGUUUAAUUGUUGACCAAUUGGAGAGCUACGACCAGAGCAACUUGGAAGUGAUUCGCAUUGAGUUCGCCAAACUUCAAAAGAAACUGGAGAAAUGUCAGGAUGAUAAGGACGACUUCUCCAAUGCACAAAUAGGGUCCUGUAAGCAUGGAGGUAUUCUGAGGAUUGGAAAACCGAUCGUCAGCCAGCUAAACGCAGACCUGAAUGCAGGUUAUAAGUAUGGAGGAUGGGGUAAAGACUCCAAGCCCUUGCCUGGCUCUGAGAAUAUGAACUGGUACUCGGGCUUUACUGACACUCUGGUCAGCAGAAUCACACUCUAUGCUGACUAUUAUAAACUGAUCAUGAGACAGGGCUUUAGUACACACGAGUUAUACCUUGUAAAUAAAUAUGAUUGGCGAGGCACUGGAAACAAUUACAUAGUGCGGGCAAAUACCCUGUACUAUCAGUUCAGAAGUCCUUUUAGCAUGGCAAAAUAUAACAUGACCAGCAAAACAGCCGAGUACAAGGUGGUUCCAGAGGCUACGACCCGAUUCUCGUACCACUAUUCGCCCAAUCAGAACCUGGACUUUGCAGCCGAUGAGACUGGGAUGUGGGUAACUUACGCCACAGAGGAGUCAAAUGGUAAACUAGUCUUGGGGAAGAUAGAUGAGGAGUCGUUUGCAUUAGAGGAGGUUUGGCAGACGAGCGUAUACAAACAGUCUGUCACAAACAUCUUCAUGAUUUGUGGAGUCCUGCACGCAACCAGAUCAGUAGAUACUCAAACGGAGGAGAUUUUCUACACUUUUGACACCAACAAAAAUGAGGAAAGCCAUGUUAGCAUUCGCUUUGAGAAGUUCCAGGACUUCUAUGUGUACCUGGACUACAACCCCACCGAUCAGAAGCUUUACAUGUACAACAAUGGUUAUUAUGUGAGUUACAAUGUGAAAUUCAGAGAUGCCUAGAUAAUCUACUGCUUUCAAAAUUGGUUUUUGAUUUAAUGACAAUUUCAUACUUGAAAUAUUGGAAUUUAAUAUGGAAUUAACUCUGCAAUUAAUUUGUACCAUUUCCUUCACGUUGUCUUACACAUAUGUAGAAUUUACUAGAACUUUAAAAAGUAAAAAUAACAAUGCAUCACUGAAUUUAUGUAGUGCUUUCAUGCCAAGGGGAAUCUCAUUCGACUUCCUGUCUCAAUUUCAGAGUAUGGAUUUAGAGACAAUUUAUCCCGUGAAGCACUUGUAUUAAAAUGAAUGGGAGAUAUUUGAAAGCCCAAUAUGGUGGAUGUACAAACUAAAGUCCCACCUUACAGGUAAAAGAGCCAAUCACCUUUUAGAUACAGACAUCGCCUGUCAGUCAACUCAAGUUUAACCCCUAACCUAAACCCUAAACCUAACCUUAAAGUUUUACCUCCCACCCAAAAUCUAAACCUAACCAUGACUUUAAUGGGAAAACAACUUUUGUGUACCACAGAAGAGGGAAGAGUAUUACAGGCUAUUGAUAUACAGUACAUCAGUCAUUUGAUUCACAUAAAUAAAUAUGGAAUGAGAAACCAAAUUUGUUCACUGAAGUUUCCUUUCUUAAAUAAAGUGUUAAAUGGGAGACUAACUAAAAUUUGAUGCCUGUAUUUUAUUGAUUUGAAAUUAUGGUUGGUCUCUAUGGGAAUAAAAGUUGUAGUAUAUCUUACAAUUUCGCCACCUCACACGAAAUAUUAUGAGUUGUCAUGCUACCUUGUUGGAUGUGAAGUAACUUUGUCACUAAACUCCAUUUAUCCAAGUGUUCGGACGACUCCACUGGUCCAAGAGAGAACUUCUAAACUGAUACAUGUGUCACUGCAAACAAACGACCCUCCCACUUGCUGUUCAUGAUCGAUGGCCACUAGACUUAAGAUCAGUGCCUUUUUUUACGCAUGGAUAAUCGGAAGAUCUUCCCGGUGAUCAUCGAUAUAUAUAUCUGGAUUGUUUUCAGAAAUAAAUAGGGCUGCUCAUUGCACAGUAUCUUUGUCUCUUCAGACAUAUUUCUCAACACAACUUAAAGUGUGAGCGGCAGGGUAAAUUAAGGGGGGGGGGGUCGCACACUGGAUGCGUCUGGUGGACGACAUGGCGCGUUCUAAAAUUCAAAACAAUUAUUUAUUUUUUACCAAAGGUACGUAUACACCGCCAACGCUCAGUGCCACGGAGCUCAGUUUGCAUUAUUUUCCAUUAAAUUUGACCCAAAUCAUUAUCAGGGGACAAAGAUUAUUUGCACUAGCAAUCACUGGAUGAUCUAUUGUGAACAUGCAUCUUUCAUAUAGCCUACACAAUGUAUUUUCAGUUACAAAUAUGUCAUUUUGU